GUUUCCGGGUGGUGUAGAUUUUCUCUUCCCCGGGUUGGGGGAUUGAGGGGGCCGGGGAGCAGCAGCAGCAGCAGCAGCAGCAGCAGCAGCUAUGGCUACCCGCAGCCUGACCGAUGCCUAUGUGCUGAUGCGGAACCGAGCGGCCCAGAGCCGGCAGUUGCUGGCCGAGCAAAUAGCUGAUGAUCGUAUGGCAUUGGUGUCUGGGAUCAGCCUGGAUCCAGAAGCUGCCAUUGGCGUAACUAAGAAACUGCCUCCAAAGUGGGUGGAUGGAGUGGAGCAGAUUCAGUUUGACAUCACCAGAAUAAAACAGAAGAUGAAGGAGCUGGCUGGUUUACAUGACAAGUAUCUGAACCGGCCAACACUGGAUGACAGCAGUGAGGAGGAGCAUGCGAUAGAAAUCACCACACAGGAAAUAACACAGAUGUUCCACCGAUGUCAGCGAGCGGUACAGAGCCUGCAAAGCAAAUGGCGCAGUUGUACAGAACAGGAAGAACGGGUCCUUCGAAACGUUGUCUCUUCUCUAGCACAAGCCCUUCAAGAUCUGUCGACCAACUUUCGGCACGCCCAGUCCAGCUAUCUCAAACGUUUGAAGAAUCGAGAGGAAAGGUCCAAACACUUUUUUGAUACAUCUGUGCCACUAAUGGAUGAUGGUGAAGACAACAAUCUUUAUGACAAAGGUUUUACCCACGAUCAGCUGCUCCUGGUGGAAGAGAACACUCUGAUGGUGGAAGAACGAGAAAAGGAGAUCCGACAAAUUGUGCAGUCAAUAUCGGACUUGAAUGAAAUUUUCAGAGAGCUGGCCAGCAUGAUCGUGGAGCAGGGGACCAUCUUGGACCGGAUAGAUUAUAACGUGGAACAGUCCUGUAUGAAAACAGAAGAGGGCUUGAAACAGUUACAGAAGGCAGAGCAAUACCAAAAGAAGAAUCGAAAAAUGUUGGUCAUUGUGAUCUUGUUUGUGAUUGUAGUGGUUCUCAUUAUCGUGUUGAUAGGCGUCAAAUCAAGGUGAUUGGCAGAAAUUCGCCUACAGCAGGAGCUGUGAGGAAAAUUCGCUGGUUUGGUGAUUAAAAAAUAAUGUCUGCAAGGGGGAGCUAUGGAACAGGAUCAGAUCCCCAUAAUUCCUUCACUACAGAAAAUCAGGAAUAUAUUGUGAUUGCUGUGUUGUAAAUUGAAUUUGGGGAGUAGGGGUUGGGGGGAAAGGUGUGUUCUCUCUUGUGUUGCUGCGAGCAGUACUUGGACUUGCUUCUUUCCGCUUUUCGUCCUCCAGCUGAUGAUCUGCUCGUGGCCUGUAACUAAUUGAUCUCCCACCACUGGGGACACGCUCAGCUCUACAAGGAGCAUCAUCAGUGUCUUGAGGAGCGGAGAGGGGGUGCUUCACUGGUUGCCUUGAGCACACCUGAUUCCUCUGCCAUCCUUUCCUUUCAGUGCACUAAUGUGUUGCAGCAGUUCUGAUUUUUGUGGGAUGGACUUUGUUUCCUGGAGGAGAUGACAACUAACCAAUCUUUAUAUUUAUGGUUGUGUCCAACUGUAACCAUCAAAAGCAAAAAUCAUUAAGACUUAAAGAGCAAACAAUUCUUGAACAUGUAUGUGUUGUUAAACAUUAUUGUCUCCUUUCUGCUUGGCAAACUGUGUGCACGUUGGGAAUACACAGCAGUCUACGCUUUCCCUUUGGGUUGUCAUGGUAGAUCUUCCCCUUGCAAAAUGGCAGCAGUACAGUGCAAUGGCAGUCCAUGUCUGUAAUUUGUUACUGUAAAUUACCCCCUUACCAGGUGACAGAAAGCUGAGAGAGGGAAGGAUGUGUUAGAAAGUUGGGAGAGUCUUAUUGAAGGCUUCCCAAACUGUGGGUCAAAAUUUUGGAGUUGUCAGUUCUGAGGACCGAGGUCCCUUUAAAUCCACACCUUUUUUUAAAUGCUGGGCAUGGCCUAUCUUUGAAGUUCUAUCCCUUCUUCAAAAAAGCCAACUUUUUUUUCCUGCAGUUUAUAUACUUCGCAAGGUGCUUAACCUCAAUUUUCUUUCAGUCUUUCAAAUCUCUCUCCUCUUUGCUUUCUCAAAUUGUCCAUCCAACCUGCCUGUCACUUGGAUAGUGGAAAGUUUCAGACUUCAAAACGCGGUUAUGUUGUGGAAAGGUUUGGGAAGCGGUGUGCUUGGCUGGCCUGAAACUGUAUCAGGGACAGAGGUCCCUGCACUUGUGGCCACGGUUAGUAAUUGAUUGACUAAACAAAAGGCACCAUCAUUAAGAAGGAAAAUAAUGUGUGAUGCUAGUGGUUGGAACAGAUUUAGUUGGGGUGAAAUCAGAAAUAUACAACAAAGUGAGAGAUCUUUAUUUGGAAAACCAGGGCAUUUCACUCAGGAUAUCCAGACUUUCUGUAAUGGUCAGGGAUCUUUCAACUUCUCUUUGUCUCUUUCUGCAGGAGUGAGACUUGAGCAGUUUAUCACUCAGUUGGCUAGAACUAGGCGCCAAAUUGUGUAAUGUACUUAGUAGAUUGGCUCUGAGUGAGCAGAAAGCACAUGAUUUGAGUGUGUGCUGUGUAUCUGAUAAUCCCAUUAUCAAAUCAGGUGAAUAUUGGAACUUGGUGGAGAGAGAUGCUUUAAUUUGAAUUUUCUACAUUCUCCAGUGAGAAAUCUUUUUAUUGUUGUAACGCUUGUGUUUAGAUGGACCAGAACAAUUUGUUUAUUUUGAUUUUACCUUUAAUAUAAAUGGAAUAAGCAGUUUGGAACACUCCAGCUUUCAUUCUCUUUUUCUCAAGGGGAAGAAGUGUUUGUAUCUAGCUUGUUUGUGACUCUCACUGUUAUGGUUCCCUCGUGCAUUAGGUUCCAAUGUAUUGAGUUUGAUUGAUUGUGUUUCCGAUAACCUGGAGUUUGUCAUGCAUGUGAGUCCCAUUUCCAGGUAAUGGGAGUGAGCUGAAUGUACUGCCUAAAGUGUACUUAACAGUAUUGUGAAACUACUUUAGAAGGCAUUUUCUGAAGGGAAUGUACAUUAAUUUAGACUGUGCUCUUGGGCACCAUGCCUGUUUUAUGCCCUUGGAUGGGAAUUUUAAUUAAAAACAAAUGGUUCAUGGUAUUACUUUGUUAACUGUUGGGUUCCUGUCUUAACUUAUUGAGUGACAGCAUGCAGGAAAUAGAAUGAGGUUGCAGUGAAUGCAGAAUAAUGGAGAACGUUUGAGGUGGGAAAGGGAUGCAAAGUAGAUAGAAACAGCCAAUUUCUAGUAGUUUAGCAAUCUGGAACACAACAGAUUUGAUGCAGAGAGUAAAGGUUGCUGAACGGAGCUACUGAUUGUAGCAGUGACCGUGCCAGCAUUAACGAAUGGAUUUGAUAAUGUGUUGAGUGAAUGGCAGAAUAAAGUGAUUGUGAAAAAGAGUAGACGGAUGGGAGCAAAAUGAGCAUAAGGAUACUACUCAAGGGGAGGAAUGAGCAUCCACAUGGACUGGUUGGACAACCCAUUUUCAGGGUAGGAAUUUAUGCUUCGUUCUGUAUGAUUUUAAAAAAAACAAAAUGGAGGGCAAGAAAAGAGACCUGAGUUUGGAUGUCAUUGGAAGGGACCAUUGAACUCAGAGAGACAGACUGCAGCAAAAGCAGAAACAAACUGCAGAUGCUGGAGAUGUUCAAUUUUAAAAGUAAGUGCUGCGAACCCUUCCUCAGCAGGUCAGGCAGCACUUAGAAACAAAGAGAGCUAGAAUUUCAGUUCAGUGUCUGAUGAAAAGAUUGGUAAGAUUUUUGGAGUCCAUUGUGAAGGACGAGAUUUCUGAAUACUUGGAAGUACAUGCUAAAAUAGGGCAAAGUCAGCAUGGCUUCAUCAAGGGGAGGUCAUGUCUGACAAAUCUGUUAGAAUUCUUUGAGGAGGCAGUGAGCAGGUUAGACCAAGGAGAGCCAAUGGAUGUUGUCUACCUGGACUUCCAGAAGGCCUUUGAUAAGGUGUCGCACAUGAGGCUGCUGAAUAAGAUAAGGGACCAUUGUGUUAGAGUCAAGGUGCUAGCGUGGAUAGAUGAUUGGGGAUAAAGGGUCCUUCUCAGGAGAGUGACUGGUGGAGUUCUGCAAGUGUCAGUGUUGGGACCACAACUUUUCACUUUAUAUAUUAAUGAUCUAGAUGAAGGAACUGUGAGGGCAUUUUGGCUAGGUUUUCAGAUGAUACAAAGAUAGAUGGUGGGACAGGCAGUAUUAAGGAGGUGGGGAGACUGCAGAAGGAUUUAGACAGGUUAGGAGAGUGGACAAAGAAGUGGCAGAUGAAGUACUACUUGUGAAAAUGUGAGGUCAUGCACCUUGGUAGGAAGAAUAGUGGCUUAGACUAUUUUCCAAAUGGGGAGAAAAUUCAGCAAUCUGACGUGUGAAAGGACUUGGGAGUCCUAGUCCAGGUUUCUCUUAACAUACACUUGCAGGUUGAGUCGGUGUUUAGGAAGGCAAAUGCAAUGUUGUCAUUCAUCUCGAGAAGACUAGAAUAUAAAGGCAGGGAUGUACUUCUGAGGCUUUAUAAGGCACUGGACAGACCACAUUUAGAGAAUUAUGAGCAAUUUUGGGCCCCAUUCUUCAGGAUGUUUUCGUCCUGGAGCAGGUCUACAAGAUUAGUUCACAAUAUUGAUUCCAGGAAUGAAAGGCUGAACCUCUGAAGAACAUUCUAGGGCUCUGAGACUAUAUUUGAUGGGAGUUUAGAAGGAUGAAGGGCUAUCUGAUUGAAACUUGUAGAACACUGAAUGACCCGGACAGAGUGAACAUUGGGAAGAUGUUUCCAUUGGCAGGAGAGACUAGAACCUGAGAGCACAGCCUUAGAGGAAGACCUUUUAGAACAGAGAUAAGGAGAAAGUUCUUCAGCCAGUGAAUGGUGAAUGUGUGGAAUUCAUUGCCACAGAAGGCUGUGGAGGCCAGGUCAUUGUGUAUAUUUAAAAUGGAGAUAGAUAUGUUCUUGAUUGCCAAGGGUUAAGAGGAUCAAAGUGAGAAAAUGGGGUUGAAAAACCCAUCAGCCGUGAUCAAAUGGCAGAACAGACUCAUUCAGCCAAAUGGCCUAAUUUCUGCUCCUAUAUCUUAUGGUCUUAUGGAAAAGUCACUCACCUGGACCACUUAUCUGUUUCUUUCACUCCAAAGGCACUGCCUAACCUCCUGAGUUUUUCCAGCAUUUUCUGUUUUAUUUCGGAGACUGAAAAUCCAAUUAAGAGAACGCGUUAGCAAUUUAUAAACUAAAACUACACUUUGUUGAUGGGAUAAGCUGCCCCAAGUAUCCUGUUGUCUGGAUUAUUCUAUGGAAUAGGUUCAGCAGAAUGAGAAAAUGUCUUCCUCAGUACCUUGUAGACAUAAUUGCACCUUAUUAAUAAUCUGAAAUUCUAUAUCACGUAUGAUUUUUCUCGGUAGUUCAGGACACUAAUUGUGCAUGUAAAAUAUGAGUAUUCUUUAAUGUAGCAUUGUGUUCUGGGACUGUCCAGAUUCAGAUGCAAUGUAAAACACCCACUGAAUGUUUGAGAUGAAUUCCCUGGCUUGCUGUAGUUGCAGUUGGCUAGACACAACUGGACCAAAGGUUGGAAGUUGUGUACGGUGUUGCUUACCUGUCUCCCCAGAGUCAAUUACAAGGGACAAGUCAGGUGUGUGAUGGAAUACUCCGUUUACCUGGAUGACUGAGGCUGUAAUGACACUGAAAGCAUGAUCGCAUCCAGGACAAAACAGACCACUGGAUCAUUGUUCCAUUCAUCAACUUCUCUCCUCUACAAUCAACCCAGAUUGGCAGCAAUGUAGAGCAGUAACAAAAUACACUGUACAACUUGCCAAGCCACCUUAGAUAGCAUCUUCUAAACCAUGACCUCUAACAGCUAGAAGGACAAAGGGAGAAGGUACACUACCUCUCUUUGUGACUUAUCAUGCUGACUUGGAAUGUAUUUGUCAUUUAUUUACUUUUGCUGGGUGAAAACCCUGGAACUCCCUUCCCAACUAAUCUGUGGGUACACCUACACAACAAGGACUGCAGUAGUUCUCCAUGUUCUUUAGGGCAGUUAGGGAUGGAUCAUACACCCUGAGUCUAUUGGAGUGAGGAACUCAUGAGAAAAUGGACACAAUCAUUGCACCUUAUUUGAAUGCUGAAGUUGGAUUACCUGAAGAAUUCGCCUUUAAUUGGAAACUCUGGCUUCAUUAUAAUCCCCAAAUGAUGGGGAUAACAAAGAAUAAUAAUUGUUCAUUGAGUUUUACAUGGAUUGUGUCGGAUGAAUCCAGUGUCUUAUUCCAGACUUGAUGUUCUUCUGUUUGAUAUGAUCGAUUACAAAGUACAAAAUGGAAGAGGGAGUGCUCAUGGCAGUAAAAACAAUAAGGAUAGUGUCUCAGGCACUUGUUGUAAUUCCCUGACUGCUGGUUCAGUAUUGAAUGUUUUAGUCAGUAGGGCAAUAUGAUGGUUGUACCAAUAAACUGUACAGUUUGCAAAUAUUUAUCUGCUGUUAGCUUCAUACAAUAUUCAUCAUAUACACACAGAUCAUUUGGCCUAAACAUUCCAUUCUGGCAUUAUUGUCACCUCUAAUUGAGUCUCCUUCCAAUGUUCCUCACCUAGUUUAAUCAGUGAAAUCCUCUCUUCCCUUUUCCCUCAUAAAAAUCCAGCCUCAUUUCCAGCAUAUUUAUACUAGUUGCUUCAACCACUUUCUUUGUAGUGAGUUCAACAUUCUCAUUAAUCUGUCCCUGGGUUGAGAAGCUUCUUCUGAAUUCACAGUCAGAUUCUCGGUAACUAUCUCAUGGUCUUCUCAGUUGUCUGUUCCCCACUGGAAAAAUGCUCAAUUGUCUACUCUGUUAAGACUUUGGUUAAUUUUAAAUGACUCCUAUUCAGCUACCUUUCAGCUUUUACAAUUGAAAAGAGACCCAGGCUGUUCAUUCUUUCUUGAUCAUCCUUCACUACUGAUGCAUCUCUUCAUAUAUAGUCAGCCCAUCUUAAGUUAGUUAUGGCAACUUAAUUGUUGUUUCAAGAGAACAAUGUGUUUUGCUACGCUUUUCAGUAAGUGCACAUGCACAAAAGACCUUUUCGAAUUGCCUGAAUCUCUCAGGGGUUUUUUGAUGUCCAUAUGGAUACUUUUCUAACGUUGUCCGCAGCAUUAUCCUUGCAGUUUACUUAGGUCCCAUGCUCAGACCAGAAGACCAACGUAAAUUUAAGGAGCUGCAAAAAUUCCAUUUAGAAGGAAUUGUUUAAAUUAGAUUAGAUUCCCUACCGUGUGGAAACAGGCCCUUCAGCCCAACAAGUCCACACCGACCCUCCAAAGAGGAACCCACCCAGACCCAUUUCCCUCUGACUAAUGCACCUAACACUAGAGGCAAUUUAGAAUGGCUAAUUCACCUGACCUGCACAGAUUUGGACUGUGGGAGGAAACGGGAGCACCUGGAGGAAACCCACACAGACACCGGGAGAAUGUACAAACUCCACACAGACAGUUGCCCAAGACUGGAAUUGAACCUGGGUCUCUGGCGCUGAGGCAACAGUGUUAACUGCUGAGUCACCGUGCUGCCCGGUGGUCCGUUGCUGUGUAAGUUCACUCUCCUAUUACUUGUUUCAGAAUAUUAGAUUAGUUUCCCCACAGUAUGGAAAAAGGCCCUUCGGCCCAACGAGUCCACACCGACCCUCCGAAGAGUAUUCCACCCAGACCUACCCUAUUGGCAAUUUAGCAUGGCCAAUUCACCUGAUGUGCACAUCUUUGGAUUGUGGGAGGAAACCCACGCAGACACUGGGAGAAUGUGCAAAUUCCACACAGGCAGUCACCCAAGGCUGGAAUCUAACCUUGGACCCUGGUGCUGAGAGGCAGCAGUGCUAACCACUGAGCCACCGUGCCACCCAACAUACAAUACAGAAAACGGUGGUUCCUGCACUGGCUCAACCCUUGGAAUUGUGCUGGAAUCGAAAGGUCUUGUUGUAGAUGUAGAAGAGAAUCUUCGGUCAAAUUGAUAUUCUGACGCUUUGCCGAAUGGCCCUUGUAGGGAAACAGAUGGUGAAACAUUGUAUUGAAGAUGUGUGGUAAAGACUGUGAAAGAAGGGAUUGUCAAUGUGGGAUUAGGUGCACUGAUGGGCUAAAUAUCUGACUGUUACCUUGUGUCAUGUAUGGGUAAUAAUGCUGCAGAUGGAUUGUUGAAUCAGAGGUAAAUUUCCCAAGCCUUCGAACAUGGUUCAGAAAUUAGGCUGCAUUUGUUGCUUGGUAAAUUUACAUAAGUGACUUGAUGUAACUGAUGGUAGGAAGUAGACUUUGUAGUUGAGUGAACACUGAGUGGGCCUCCAGCUUUGUAUAUCAGGACUCCACCCAUCUUCCACAGAUGUCUACAGACCAUUGUGUAUGUGUAAGCAAUGGAAAUGAAGCCAUUUCACUGGUUAGGUAGGACAUAGUUUUGAGUUAUUGUGAAUCCAUGCAAUGCGAGCAAAUUUUCAUCAGUGCCCACACCACAGCAAUUCACAGCUGCUUAUGUGAAGCUAAGAGCCACAUCAACUUAAAGGGAAGAGACUCGGUGGUAGAGUCCUUGCAAACUUAUUACUGAAGAUGACUUCUCCUCUAAGGUGGCCUUUGAAUGAUUGAUGUCAGGUGUUAAUAGCCCUCUGUGUAUUCAGCACUUCUCCAAAUUUAUUCUCCAGCAGUUAGCUGGUGUGCGCUAAUGAGAGCAACUCGACAGCACUGUUCGCUGGCUCUGUUUCUGCAGCUCCUGAUACCGCAACGACAAGAAGUGAGUUCAGGCUGGGGAUUCUAUUUAUUUUGGUGUAGAAACUGUUUUUAUUUUCUUAAAAGAUGUGACUUGAUGAAGUGAUGUUAUUUUACAAUAUGCUUAAAUGCUAUUAAUUCCUGUUUGGAUUACGUUCAUGAUAAGCAGCCUGUUUCAGUUUAAAGUCUAUGUGACUGUUACCCAUUCAGCAUUACUAGAUUUUCAAACUGAUUGCAAAGACAGCUUAACGUGUUCUUGUGCAUGGGCCGUAUGGUAGAAAAAUGAUUGUGCAUCCCAUCUCUGUGCCUCACAUGCUUUUGUUUGUGUGGAAGGUGGAAGUAAUAUGUCUGAUGCCUGAGUACUUAAACAGUUUAUUGAUAACACUUGGGUGUCAGUGUGAGAUCAGACAUCUAUGUGCACUAGCUAACUUCAUAUAGUUUGUGCAUUGCUGACUGUUCUGUACAUUUAUAGUACUUAAGUCACUAAGAAGGAAACUGGCCCUGUACAUUCAAUGCAGAGUCCUGGAACACACAAGUUGUAUUUCCCAUCAUGAUUGAAUAAAGAUGUAUAUAGCCUCUCUUGUAGAAGGGAGCUGUAAUGAUGGUUGGGGUUAUAAAGGAUGGGAUACUUUGCCUGGUGCCCCUUGUUAAACAGUGUGAACUGUACAAAAUCCUUGUAUUGAUAUUUGUAUAGUCUAGGGACCUGACCUAAAUUUGAAAUAAAUGUUUGUAUAUACUUUUGCUUGUUUUUUUGUGUCAGCUGCAAAUAACAAUAAAAAGGAAUUUGAAAAGCU